ACGGUCCGGGCUCGAGGUUUUUAAUUGCAUCCUUCGGGAGUGGUAAAGUGGGACGAAAAAAAAUAGGUCCUGCGCUCGGUGCUGUGCGUAUCGUCACCGCUGAGAAAUUAUUGCGAAGUACUCGGUAAAUACGAGGUGUUUCAUGCUGUGGAUGUCCGCUUUCCGCGCUUGAAGAAACCCCGAUCAAAGCGUCUUAUUUCCGUCUUCGCAUAACUUUCCUGCGGUAUGAAGGAGAAAUAGGGUAGAGCUUGUUGCUGGGAGCGCAGCGUGCAGUGUGCAGGGGUAAUGACAAGGAAGAAAAGGGAGCGGAGCUUUAAAGCGUUCCGUCACAUCGGUAGUGCUGAAGGUACGGCGCUGCGGCGUUGUUAGCUGCUGCCUCUGGGCAGUGGGUUGCUUAAAAAUAGGCCUUAAAGUGCCUCUGAAAACGCACAGCCAAAAGCGAUCACUUGUGGUUGUACCGAAGGCACGUUAAAAUCUGAAUAUUGAUUCGGUCACUUGGAGUAAAUCUUAAAUAUUUGAUGUUUGUGCAGGCUUGCUUUAUAGCCCUGCACAGUUAAUGUUGUGGCUUUUUUCCAAGCGAACCGAAGUACCAGUUGUUUAAAUGGCUGAGGGAAAGUUUUGUUCUUUUUGUUUCUUUUCAAAUCCACGGCAUUGGUGUAGAUGUAACGGAAUUGUCAUUUGCCCAGAGCAAUGGAGCUGCAGGACUUUUGGAGUUGAAUAAGGUUUGGAAGGCUCUUGGAGUUGCUGGGGAAAAAUCUUUCUUGGAAUCGAUGAGUUUUUUUCUCCUUCUGUGCAUGUUCAGUGUUCCUGUGCUUUAUUUCUCUCUCAGAAAUAUUGGUAGCUUCAGAUGUGCCCGUUUUUGCUUUGUUUUCCCACAGGAAUUUUGUCACUGUCCUCUUAUUUGAGUACGAAGCUGAGGUUUUCCUCACUUAAGUAAAAUGAAAUAGGACACGGGCUCCCAGUUAUAGCACAGCAGAAGAAACUCAUUUUGAAUAACUGUGUAGCAGUUCAGUACCAAAAUGGUUGACUGUUCUGCAUUUGACUGUUUUUCUGUAACUCAGAUCAGAAUUAAUAUACAAGCUUUUUUAAAUUAAAGUGUAGUAAUGCUGUAUAAGGAAUGACGGGGAAUUUGAAGCCUUAUCACAUCAGUGAUUUCUGAAAGUAUUCUAAGUUUAAGAGAGAGAGAGAGAAGGCAGUGAGGUUAUUUACCCGCUGUGCGGUCCAAUACUUGCUGGAAGUUACAAAAACACCAGAUAGGUUCCAUACCUUUAGCUGAUACAGUAUUGAUGAUAAUAGGCCUACAGGUGGGAGAGCAAUUUUUUUUAAUUAUUAUUUUUUUCUCCCUUAUUAAACAGAACACCAUCAGCAAAAAGCAACCACCACCAUCCUUCCUUGCUUUCCCAGUAUUUAGCUCAUGCUGUCCCAUAGGGAGAGUCCUUUUUUCCCUGCUUCUACCUUCCCCCACCCCACCUCCUCAGUAACUGAGAUAUAUGUUAGGGAGCCUGAUGGUAACAGUCAAGCAUUGAAUCACAGAAGAAUAUCUACCCAUUAUCAUUUCUUUUGUAGUGCUGCACCUGUUCAAUUUUCAGCCUCUGGCAGACAAAAGAUGAGUUUGUGGUAACUGUUGUAAAGUGGUCUGUCUGGUGUUGCAGAACUUGUGAGAUCACCUUUCAUUUGAGGCAAGGUUUAAGUGGUAGCCUUCAGCAAGUGAGAAGCUGGCUUUAGUUGAAUUUACCAGCGGUAUUUUUGUUUUUUAUUUCUAAAAAGCUAAACUUUAUUUACAAAGAUUUCCUAGGGCUGUCAGUAACAAACACUGCACUUACAUUUAGGAUCUGGCUUCUUAUGUAAGUUUCUGGAAAUAUGUUUGUUGUUGCUAUUUUUCCUCCACUCAUGUCAGUCAUGUCUCCGAAAUAGUAGAAAAGUGGAAAAAAUUGUCCUGGCUAUGAUAGGCUACUGGGAAUUUGAUAGGCAGCAGCCGACUGAUCUGACAAGAGAUGGUUUCACUCCAUCUUGGCUUAGUAAAAGCUUGAUGCUUUUAUCAAAGAAGCCAUUUUUGGAUGACAGGUCUGCUAGGAGGAACAUCGCUUCAGCAUCCUAACAUGGUGUGGAAGAAACUGGCACAAGGUCCCCCAGCAGGCGUCCUGACAGCCUUCCAAGGAAACAAGGGGCUGUUAACGCUGGCUGAGCCGCAGUGUGGGACCAGUUGUUGCCCAGCUGGUGAUGCCAAGUUUAAAUUCCUAUUCCAAGUGAGUGGAAUUGUCCUUCAUCUGUUGUGGGCUGUGUUUCAGAGUCAGUGUGCAAUAGGCUUCAUGGGAUUGGUGACUGCACAGGAGGAAGGGACGCUCGCUGGUUGCCACAGAUAGUGUAACUCCUUGUAUGAGAUGCUCUUCUGGCGUAGGAAGUUAAUUGCUAUGUAUAGAACACAGCUCUCAGCCACUUUACUUCAAAGGAGCAGGAGUCCAGGAAGGGGUGUGUGUAUAACCACAAGCAUCUUUUAUCCCGUUUAGUAAAAUUUCCAGGACUGGCUUAUUAAAUAACAAUGUAAUGAAGCAUGGAGGUUACCUGAAGUCAGUAUGUGGACUAGUUCUUUUUAAUAGCUGUGCAGCAAUUAUGAAGUUGCUGUGCCAUAAUCCUAUAAUUAUGCCCUAAUUGGAUUCUUCUAGGUAUAAUUACAUACAUUAAAUAUGUGCACACAUUUUUUCCCUGAGAAAUCUGUCAGAAAUGACCCAACCUCCUUCUCCCAUCUCCACAUAAUAUUUGGUCUCACAAUGCGCUACCUCUGAUAGCGGAUUGCAAGAGGUAAGAGAUAAAAGACUUCGAGUGAAGCCCACAGAUGUACCAUAGAAAGCCAGCCCUAAGAUGAAGGACUGAACGCCACAUUCACAGCACUGAGCUUGUUGCAGCUGUCUCUUUGAUCAUAGCAAACACCAUAUCUCGUCUGAGCGGAUUAGUAGAGCCAGAAUUUUAAUGUGAUUGCAGCUCUCCAGAUUGAUGUGUAAAGAAAUGGUGAGGGGAGAUCUGUCUUUUGAAAAGGUGCUAGGACAAAUGGAUAGGCACGUUAAUUUUUGCAUUUUUUUCCUUAGGAACGGUCUCUAAAAAUAGCUGCACUGAAUGCCACGUGAAGCUCAGCUGUAAAGAAAAUAAUGUUUGAGUAAUGUGUCUUAGAAGUCAUCUGAACAUUUCAUUCCAAUGUUAUUAAUGAUAAGUGUUCAAUCGUUGGAUAGACUGUGACACAGAAGACUAUAAUGCAAAAUGUUCCAUGUUCUGUCAGGGAGUUAUUGCUCCUCCAUUCUCCCUGGUCUGUACUAGUGUGCAAAGAAGCUGAAACAGUAGUGUACCAUUGGGCAGAACAAGUCAGGAAUGAGCCAGCCUUUGGAAGGAGGACCUGCCAUCCUAGGUGGAGACAUCUGAAGAGAGGACAUCUUAGUCCUGUGGCAUGCUCCAGUAGAUAUUACUCAGAAGAAGAUGGCUGGCUGUGGUGAAAUAGAUCAUUCAAUCAACAUGCUUCCCACAAACAGGAAGACAAAUGAGUCGUGUGCUAAUGCUGCACCUUCCCUGACAGUCCCUGAAUGUGCUAUCUGUCUGCAAACGUGUGUCCAUCCAGUAAGUCUGCCUUGUAAACACGUGUUCUGCUAUCUGUGUGUCAAGGGAGCUUCUUGGCUUGGGAAACGUUGUGCGCUCUGCCGGCAGGAGAUCCCAGAGGAUUUUCUUGACAAGCCAACCCUAUUAUCACCAGAAGAACUCAAAGCAGCGAGCAGAGGCAAUGGAGAAUACGCUUGGUACUAUGAGGGGAGAAAUGGUUGGUGGCAGUAUGAUGAACGUACCAGCAGGGAGCUGGAAGAUGCCUUUUCCAAGGGUAAAAAGAGCACUGAAAUGCUAAUUGCUGGGUUUUUGUACAUAGCAGAUCUGGAAAACAUGGUUCAGUAUAGGAGAAAUGAGCAUGGACGGCGCAGAAAAAUAAAACGGGACAUAAUAGAUAUACCAAAGAAGGGAGUGGCUGGGCUUAGGUUGGACUGUGACACUAACAGUGUCAACCUGGCACGAGAGAGCUCUGCUGAUGGUGCAGACAGCACACUGACUGGGGGGGCUGCAGCUGUACAGCCUCUGGUGCCUGUUUCUGCUAGGCCCCUGCCAUCACUGGAUGGUCAGCUUAUGAGUCCUUCGACACCCUCUCCUGAUGCAAGCACUUCUCUGGAGAACUCUUUUGCCCACUUACAAAUAAAUGGAGACAGUAUGGCUGAAAGGAGUCAUAGGGGAGAGGGAGAGGAGGACCACGAAUCAUCAUCUUCUGGCAGGGUGCCAGCCCCUGACACCUCUGUGGAGGAGACUGAAUCGGAUGCUAGCAGCGAUAGCGAGGAUGUGUCGGCUCCCCUCCAGCAACACCCAUCCUCUGCCCAGCAGAGACACUUGAAUGCAAACGCAAACCAGUCUGGAGCAGAUAGAACAGUGGCAGGGGGAGGGGUGACAAAUGCAAGCGUAAGAUCUAGGAGGCCAGAUGGACAGUGCACAGUCACUGAAGUGUAAAUCCGGAGCCAUGCAAUUUAAAAACUCAGUCUCCUAUCUGUAAAUUUUCUGUCCACAUUGGCAUUGCACUCAAACCUAGCAGUGUGUUUGGUGGGAGGGUGGGGUGAAGGGAAGAAGCAGAUUUGGCCUAACUUAAGUCUUUUAACAUGUCUUAGCUGGAAGACUAACUGUAAGAAACUGGGUUGUCCUGUUAAUGGUUUGAAAGCUGCUUAGCAAUACCCGGUUUUCUUGAAAAUGUCUUGUGUUUAUUUUGUAGCAUUUUGCCCUUGAAGAUACUCUAUCCCUUUUUGGCCAAUGUAUAUCUACUGUACAACUUGAAUUGUCUUCAUUAUCUGAUUGUUGCAUUAAGUGUCUUACUACUUUCUGCAUGGAUCGAUGUAUGAAAAGAACACUAAAGCAACGUGGCAGCAGACAAGGCGUUGGGUGUGAACGGGAUGCUUAAUUUAAUGUGAGAAAAAUAGAUGUGAGUUUGGAGUUAAAAUGUGUUUUUACUAGACAAAGCGCAAGCAUUUACCUUCCGUCAGUGGAAAUAUAAAAAUGCUGUUAACUUUUGUUGCAAAUUCUUACCUAUACACUUCAUGGCAUUUUCAUCGGCUUUGCCAUCUAGUCCUUGUAGUUCUGUUUUUGAGGUCUUUCUUGAUCUGUCUCAUUUUUGUUACGGAAUUUAUAAUUUAAUAAAAACUACAUUUUAUCAGUAACCAUCUUA